CUCAAAGACACAGUUUGGUAAUAUUAGGAAAAUGUUUGAUCCAUUUGUCAAAUCGAAGUCUCUGAGAAAUCCCCUUGGACACAUUGGAGAAUCGGGCCAGUUCAAAGCAGAAUGUACGGAAAAAAUGAUGAAGGACAGUGAUCAUUGCAAAGCAUUGUUCAGUGGCAACUCAGAUAAUCAUAAAAAAGGGAAUACCCAUCCUACAGUCAUGAGUAAGGACCAUACACUGGCCCUCAAGUCUUCCCCAGUUCAUCUACGAGGUCGUCUUAAUCUGGAAAACAAAGAUGGGCUGCCAGUUUUUUGGUUCGUCUUGGAUUCUCCUGGGGAUGUUUAUGUGGGAAAAACAUGGAAAUCUAACAAUGGUUCCAACUGGACAUAUACAUUUUCCUCUGUCGGAAGAAGAAAGAAAAGCAAUGCAAGUGCAUGGGGUUUGAAUGACGGCUACCGAGAAUCCUCUAUCAUUGGUCAGAUGCAAGUUUCCUGUUACAUGUGUACCGAACUAAGAAAAAAGGGUCAAGAUCCAGACAAACUGAUGGUAACCGAGUUUGUUUUGUACGAUAGUGCGCGUGAGAGAAAAAGUGUUUCUGCACAUGCAGAUCCAUCCCGACCACAUGAUAAAGUUCGGAAAAAUUCUGCUAAACCAGACUUGAAUUCAGGAAAUAUUGAACCGGAUGACGGUUCUGAUGUAUCGAAGCUGAGACCUCAGGCCAAGUGUGCAUCUGAAAGUUGCGAUCUUGAUGCUUCAAAUGUACCAAACCCGUUGCCAGCUGCAGAUUUGCAUCCUGACCUUGAAAUCGCGGCUAUAAUCAUUCAAGACCAGAUUGAGAAGAGGGAAAGCUUAAAGUAUAGAAGAGGCGACCAAAGGGUCAUGGAUAAGAGGAAUCUUCUAAGUCUUUCUCCUAUCGAUGAAGGCAAGAAAUACUCUUACGGAAGCAGAAAUCCAGAAAAGUUAAAGGUCGUAAUCCCGAGGGGAAACCAUGGCAUACCAACUUCUGAAAGCUUUGGCCCUUCACCUUUGCUUAAGAGAUGGAGGUCAGGUGGCUGCUGUGACUGUGGUGGUUGGGACAUGGCUUGCCCUCUUGUGGUUUUCGGAAACCCUAGUCUCUCAUGUUCUCAUGAUCACCCUCUUGUGGACAAUCACCAUCCAUUGAAACUAUUUGCCCAGGGAGCUAAGGAGAAUACACCAGCGUUGUCCAUGUCAUUUGUCGAGGAGGGACAAUAUGAUAUUCAUUUCCAUGCACAGUUAUCAGCA